CACGCCCGGGCCUACUCCAGGCGGGAUCCAAUUUCCCGAAGCCGAGCGCGCGGGAGGGCCAGGGCCUGGCCUCACGAAGCCACACCCCCGGUACGCUUUCCGGCCACGCCUCUCUCCGUAAAAGCGUCGUUCGCCAUUGGGCAGAUUCGGUCACGCGGGGCGCGGGUGGUACUGCUCUCGCGAGAGUUUCUGGGUGUAUGUAAGUAGUGCGGGCGGAAGUGCGGCCUUUUCCCGCGACGUCGAGACGUGGGCAGGAUGAAGCUCAACAUCUCUUUCCCGGCUACUGGCUGCCAAAAGCUCAUUGAAGUGGAUGAUGAGCGUAAGCUCAGGACGUUUUAUGAAAAACGAAUGGCCACGGAGGUGCUGGCUGAUUCCCUUGGUGAGGAGUGGAAGGGGUACGUUGUCCGGAUAAGCGGUGGCAACGACAAGCAAGGCUUCCCCAUGAAGCAGGGUGUCCUGACUCAUGGACGUGUCCGCCUUCUGCUCAGCAAGGGCCAUUCCUGCUACCGCCCCCGGAGAACCGGCGAGAGGAAGCGCAAGUCUGUCCGUGGCUGCAUCGUUGAUGCAAACUUGAGUGUUCUGAACUUGGUCAUAGUGAAAAAGGGUGAAAAGGACAUUCCUGGGCUGACUGACACAACUGUGCCCCGUCGUCUUGGUCCUAAGAGAGCCAGCAGGAUCCGCAAACUGUUCAACCUCUCUAAGGAAGAUGAUGUUCGUCAGUAUGUUGUGAGGAAGCCUCUCAACAAGGAGGGGAAGAAGCCCAGAACGAAGGCUCCCAAGAUCCAGCGACUGGUGACUCCUAGAGUGCUGCAGCAUAAGCGUAGGCGUAUUGCCCUGAAGAAGCAGCGCACUCAGAAGAACAAGGAGGAAGCUGCAGAGUACGCGAAGCUGUUGGCCAAGAGGAUGAAGGAAGCCAAGGAAAAACGCCAGGAGCAGAUUGCCAAGAGGCGCCGGCUUUCUUCUUUGAGAGCUUCUACAUCCAAGUCUGAAUCAAGUCAGAAAUAAAGGUGUUGUACACGAUACUAAAAAGACAUUGUACAUUUAAUUACUAAUAAACUCCUUUGAUGGUGAACUUCCA